AUGCAGGCCGAUAUUGGCAUUGGUGAUGCUAAGAACGCCGCUAUCUACGAAGCUAUACGGGCUGAUAACUUCGCUGAUCUUAUCGUCCCGGUUCGGGCAUUCAUCCCAACUACCACACCAGACCAGCACAGGGCGCAAUUUGACCGAAUUCUCGCAAUGAUCACAAACAUCAAGGAACAAUUCGCAAAUAUUCGACGUACCUAA